AUGAAGAUGACGUGGCUUAUGGAGGGCUGUGUUAAUGGUCAUGCGUUUAUCAUCGAAGGAGAAGGCACUGGCAAACCUUACGAGUAAGUUUGUUUCAGAUAACGAUCGACCUUUUCUCCUUUUGCACUGAUAUAUUGCUGGUCUGACCAAAGCAAAUUUGAUUAUUUCAGUUGUUUCUUGCGGCCGUUUGUGUCAUCUGCGUAUGGCUGUCUUGGAAUAAGGGGUAGAUCGAUCCAAGCUUCAUAUACUAACUCGUCCAGAAUUCAUUGUACAUAAGUCACUUAUGUGAUGAAAACGCACCAAAAGAGUCAUGUGCUAGUGAUUUCGUUUAUAAAAUACCACCAUAUCGAAAAUCCUCUCCAUCUGAAUAUUUCAGAGGCAAACAAACAGGGACGUUCCGUGUUACAAAGGGCGGACCCCUUCCAUUUGCCGUUGACAUAGUGGCACCGACCUUGAAGUAUGGAUUCAAAUGUUUUAUGAAGUACCCUGCUGAUAUUCCUGACUAUUUCAAGCAAGCAUUUCCCGAGGGUCUGACAUACGACAGGAAAUUAACAUUUGAAGAUGGAGGGUGUGCCACGGCCACCGUGGAAAUGAGGUGAGUAAUUCCUCACUAUUGAACUGUUGAUCAGCUUUUUAACUUGUAGAUUGCACAAAGAUCUUUGAGUUAUGUCUGUGAAUGAUCGAAAACAAAAAUCAUGUAAACAUUCUUGCAUAUUUUGCAACACUACACAAAGAUUUGAGCUCGUUGUGAAAAAGCGAAAAUUCACGACGGAUUUCCAUAAUGAAGAGGAUCGUGGAAGCUUCAAAAGCGCAGUAAACUGGCAAUAACCGGUUAAUUUUCAAAAUAAUUGGGCAAAACUCAGUUUGUAUGAAGUAGCCUUAUUUUUUUUAUAUUCGUCACUUUCUUCCUUUCAGGCUAAUUUUUCUUUCAACAUAGUAAUCUAACCUGUUGAUUUAGAGGUUUUUUUUUUCCAUUAAAAUCUUGUUACCUCAUAAGGUGGAUUCAAAAUGUACAUGUAUGUUUUAAUCAUUCUGCGUUCUGAAAUGCUUCCUACUUUGACAGCCUCAAAGGCAACACUCUUGUUCACAAGACCAAUUUCCAAGGAGGCAACUUUCCCAUCGACGGGCCUGUCAUGCAAAACAAGACUCUUGGCUGGGAACCAACCUCGGAGAAAAUGACUCCUUGUAAUGGAACAAUCAAGGGAGACACUAUCAUGUACCUUUUGGUCGAAGGAGGGAAAAUGCUGAAAUGUCGAUAUGAAAAUAAUUACAGGUGAUUACGUUGGCUUCGACUGCUGUGUACAGACAUGUAAACGUAUAUUCAGAAGCAGUGCACCCGAAUGUUUAGAGUCACCUCCAUGGUUUGCUUGUGUUUUCUUCGCCAAAUUCGCUUAAAUUUCCGAAUUUUGGGAUCAUAACUUUUCACAGCAUCGGAUUACACACCUGCAAAGCUGGAUAAAGGUCCAUUGUGGACAUUUCUCUGAGAUUAUUUUGAUCGCUUUCUAUCAUAAUUACAAUGCUUCUUAUUUCAGCGAGAAAUCACGGAUCAUUUUUGAUUUUUUUCUCCAGAGCCAAGAAGGUGAUACACAAGAUGCCACCGAGCCAUUUUGUGGAUCUUCGCCUUGUGAAAACCAACCUUGAUAAGGAAGGUUUGAAGUUUCAAUUGGAAGAACAUGCUGUGGCACGAAUCCUCGAGGUUUGA